UGUCAGGUAGUGAAAUUAUUAAAUAAAAUUCUUGGAUUUUUGGAUGCAGAUUUUUGCAAUUGUAAUUAAAUAAAUACCAAAGCAUUUUUGUAAUUAAUUUUUACUCAAUGAACUCUUAGCGUUAUUAAUCUAAGACUUUGGCGACAUAAAGAUGAGUCGUCACGAAGGAGUUAGCUGUGAUUCAUGUUUAAAAGGAAACUUUAGGGGUCGCAGGUAUAAAUGUUUAGUUUGCUAUGAUUAUGAUUUAUGUGCGGCCUGUUACGAAUCUGGGGCCACUAAUACCCAUCAUACAACUGACCAUCCUAUGCAAUGUAUUUUAACAAGGUCUGAUUUUGAUGUUUAUUAUGGAGGUGAAGCUGUAAGCAGUCUCGAAAUGCCACAAUCCUAUACAUGUCCCUAUUGUUCUCGUAUGGGAUUUACUGAUAUUACGUUACAGGAACAUGUCACUGCUGAACAUCAGGAUGCCAACUUUGAAGUUGUAUGUCCUUUAUGUGCUGCAAUGCCAGGUGGUGACCCUAAUCUUAUGACAGAUGAUUUUGCUGGCCACUUAACUCUGGAACAUCGUUCUGGCCCAAGAGACUUAAUUUCUUUUCUAGAUGAACCUGUUGCCACUCGUCACAAUGUAAGACGCAUGCAACAUACACUUUCCUCACACUCAGGAACCAGUAGAGGAGGUUCAUCUAUAAGACCGCGUAGAUCAAAUAUGCAUUUUAGUUCAAGUGGAUUGUCAACAUCCAGCCCCUCAGCAAGAUUGGAAGCGGCUAGACUAGAAGCUGUAGAUCCAAUAGCUGAACUUUUGUCUCAACUCUCGGGAGUUCGCCGUUCGACAAGCACUUCCAGCAACACGCCAGCGGCAACUCAGCUGCAGCAACUUCAAAUGCAGCUGCAGCUCGAGCGCCAGCAGGUGAAUGCUGCUAGACAGAAUAUGGAGCGAUUUCCGAGACGCCCAGCCCAAAACCAAACGUUGAGAGAGCACACGUCCAAUUUUGGUACCUCCACAAUUUUGCUCAAUGCAUCCCCUGUGUUAGUGCAGCCCUCAACUAACUCACCUCCCGUACCACAUCAGGGUUAUAACUCGCAAUUUUUGCUAUCCGGGCUCCUAGAAGAAAUGUCACUUAGCUCUAUAAGUGGCGAAGAGCGUCAAGAGCGUUGUGCAUUUGUUCAAGAGCUGCUGUUGUCAACCAUGUCACUCAUGUCUGACGAGGAGACCUGUGAAACAAAGUUUAAUAAGCUGACUGAAUUUAGCCGGACUGCCAAAGUAGAUCCAACUGGUGAAGAAGAAGAAGCCGAGGAAGAUAUGAAAUCUCUACAACGUCCUAGUAGCACAACUCUGAGAGGAAGAGCUAGGCAAGAUAUCCAAAAUGCUAAAAGGCGAGCAGAAGCCAAUCGUAAAAAGAAAGACCAAAACUCCGAUCCUGAUGAAGAUCUUUUAUCCUAGGCUUCAAAUUUCUUGUGAUAGUCAUAUUUUCACGCUGUGAGAACCUUGCUUGAAUUUGUUAGUUUUUUCAUUUCAAAUUAUAAUCAAAAUACCCGUUUCGUUUCCCUUUGUUCAUUAUAGAUUAUGCUGUGCUUCUAUAAAAAUAGCCUGCACUUUUAUAUUUGUUUUUGAAAAAUAAAUAAUGUAAUGUGUGAACGAAAUUAUUGUUAAAAGUUGUUUUCAUCCCAGUACUUGGCCCUGUCUGUACAUAAACCUACUGCUUUGUGUUUCUGUAGUUAGGUUCUGUUACUACAGUGUUAGUAAAAAGUCUGGAAUUUUAAUCAAUAUGUAUAAUACUUUGUUGAAAUCAAUAAAGGAUUUUUUUCAA